AUGCCAACAAUCCAAGAAAUGCUAGCUGAAAAUCGCAGCACUCAAGAUAAUCAGUCAGUGAAGUAUAUCGGGACGGUAGAGGCAUACGAUAAAUGGGCAGAGAUCUACGAUAAAGAUGGGAAUUUCCUCCAAAACCUCGACACCAUCGAGAUGCGUGUGCUGCUUCCCCGGUUCCUGGAACUCGUGAGUAGCCAGUUCCAAUCACAGACGGAUCAGCUCAAGAUAGUAGAUCUGGGAUGUGGAACCGGUAGAAAUACAAUUCAACUGUUGAAUGCUAUAUCCACAGCGCAGAAAUGCUCAAUUCCCGGGGCAUGCUUUACACGGCAAGUUGAAGUUGCCGGCGUCGAUGCUUCACCGGGGAUGUUGGAAGUUGCGAAGACAGCGAUUCAAUCUGUCAGUGGGAAUAAGGACAUCACAGUUUCGCUGGACGUUUUUGAUCUCCUGAAGCCGAUCUCGGAUAAGGCGCUACUUCCUACUUUCCUACAGUCUGGCGCAGCUGGGGUCAUCUCUACACUUGUGCUUGAACACAUUCCGUUGAAAAAGUUCUUCGAGAAUGCCUCUGGGAUUAUGCAAUCCAGGGCGUAUUUGCUCGUGACAAAUAUGCACGCGGAGAUGGGGGCACUCAGUCAGGCUGGGUUUACGGAUCCGCAGACUGGGGUUAAGAUCCGGCCUACGAGUUAUUGUCACUCUAUUCCGGAGGUGCUAGCAGCAGCUGAAGCGGCCGGGUUCCAAGUAGCACGCUUGGUCGAGAAAAGUGAAGCCGAUGUUCUGGAGAGGGCGGUGGAUGAGCAAUUGGGAGAGAUGCUGGGCGUGCGGGCGAAAAAAUGGAUUGGGAUCAAAGUGUGGUUUGGAGUAUGUUUUCAGAAGCUAUAG